AUGCAUCAGAGGGUGGUGUUGUUCGUUCUAAUGGCGGCGGGCCUCCUCUGCCUCGCCAUGGCAACCGUCCGGGCCGAGGCGCCAGAGGAGGAGGGGCUGGGGGACGAGCUGGACGUGGAGGACGAGCUGGAUCUGGGUCUGGCCGGAGCCGAGGACGAAGAUGAGGAAGACCUGGAGCCAGAGGAGGCUCCUUCUGCCCCUAAAGCCCCCGCCGUGCCAAAGGUCAGAGGUCGCCCCGGUAACCAGGACCUGCCGGUGACCUACAAAGCUCCAGAGCCGAUGGGGGAACACUUCUUCGCGGAGUCCUUUGACCGGGGGACCCUUGAUGGGUGGGUUCUGUCCAAGGCCAAGAAGGACGACGCCGACGAGGAGAUCGCCAAGUACGACGGCCAAUGGGCCGUGGAGGAGAUGAAGGACAGUAAGCUUCCUGGGGACAAAGGCCUGGUCCUGAAAUCCCGGGCCAAACACCACGCCAUCUCAGCCCAGCUGCUGCGCCCCUUCACCUUCGACACCAUGCCGCUCAUCGUCCAGUACGAGGUGAACUUCCAGACCGGGAUCGACUGUGGAGGCGCCUACGUGAAGCUGCUGACCCAGACUCCCGAUCUGGACCUGGAUCAGUUUGUGGACAAAACUCCCUACACCAUCAUGUUUGGACCAGACAAAUGCGGCGAGGACUACAAGCUGCACUUCAUCUUCAGGCACAAGAACCCCAAAACCGGAGAAGUGGGUCUGGAAGCUAGUGGGGGGGGCCUAAAGCUAACCCAUCUGCCCCCCCCCCCCCCCACAGUGGUGAACUCGGACAACACCUUCGAGGUGCUGGUGGACCAGACCCUGGUGAACAGCGGCAGCCUGCUGACCGACAUGACCCCCCCCGUGAACCCCCCCGCCGAGAUCGAAGACCCCGACGACCAGAAGCCAGACGACUGGGACGAGAGGCCCAAGAUCCAGGACCCCGACGCCGUCAAGCCCGAGGACUGGGAUGAGGACGCGCCGGCUCAGAUUCCAGAUGAAGUCGCUGUGAAACCCGACGGUUGGCUGGACGACGAGCCCGAGUACAUCGGAGACCCAGAGGCCGGGAAACCCGGGGGGGGGGGGGGGGGGGGGGAGGGGGGGGUCAGGGGUCAGGCAGGGAAUCGAUCAGAAAUCAGUCUGAUCCUGGCUGAUGGCGUACCCAGAAACAGGGACGAGGACAUGGACGGCGAGUGGGAGGCUCCUCAGAUCCCCAACCCGGCGUGCGAGAGCGCCCCCGGCUGCGGCGCCUGGCAACGCCCAAUGGUGGACAACCCCAGCUACAAGGGCAAGUGGAAGUCCCCCAUGAUCGACAACCCCAGCUACCAGGGCAUCUGGAAGCCCAGGAAGAUCCCCAACCCGGCCUACUUUGAGGACCUGCAGCCCUACAAGAUGGCCGCCUUCAGCGCGGUGGGGCUGGAGCUGUGGUCCAUGAGCUCCGACAUCUUCUUCGACAACUUCUUCAUCAGCAACGACCGCAACACGGCCGAGCGCUGGGCGGCCGACGGCUGGGGGCUGAAGAAGGCCGCCGAGGGCGCCGCCGAGCCCGGUUUGGCCACCCAGAUGCUGAACGCGGCAGAGGAGCGUCCGUGGCUCUGGGUCGUCUACGUUCUCACCGUGGCUCUGCCCCUCAUCCUCAUCUUCGUCUUCUGCUGCACCGGAAAGAAGAAGACGAGCACGCCGGCGGCGCAGUACAAGAAGACGGACGAGCCUCAGCCGGACGUGAAGGAGGAGGAGGAGGAGAAGGAGGAAGAGAAGGAAGGAGAGGAAGAGGAGAAGGAGGAGAAGAGUCCAGCUGAAUGUGAGCUCCCCUUUAACUCCGUUUGGUUUAUUUAUGUGGCUCAAACAGCAGGAAUCAGAGGGAGGGAGGGGGAGUUAUUUAGGGGAGGAGGAGUCCACCAGGAGAUGGAGGGAUGA